AUGGCAGAGGUCUCCUUACCACCACAUGAUAACAAAUUUUUGCAGUAUAUGAGCUCUGCUGAGUCAAGUGCCUUCAAGCCAGCACCCUCUUACAGCCUUGAACAUCCUCUUUCGAAUUAUUUCAUCAACAGCAGCCACAACACCUACCUGACUGGCAAUCAGCUCUACAGCGACGCAAGUACUGCUCCGUAUACCACUGCGCUACUUCGUGGAUGUCGAUGUAUUGAGAUCGAUGUGUGGAAUGGUGAACCCCAUUCUCCCAAAGCUCAUUCUCCGAGCCACGAAGACUCUGAAAAGAAGGGUAAAUUCAAGCAUUACUUCAGCAAGGCCUUCUCCACAAGAAAAUCUCGAGAUGACCCCCAAGCAUCCGCGAAAACAAACGCCGAGGCUGAGGAUGGAUCCAUGAAAAUGCCAACUCCUUGGACAUCGGCCUCAACUACUGCAAGAGCAGAGCCUCGAGUUCUACAUGGUUAUACACUGACGAAAGAGAUCCCAUUUCGGAAUGUCUGUUCUGCAAUCAUGGAUGCUGCAUUUGUCAAUAGCGACCUUCCAAUCAUAAUCAGUCUAGAAGUACACGCGGGCCCAGAGCAGCAAGAAAUCAUGGUCGAGAUCAUUCAAUCAACAUUCAAAGGACAUCUCGUAUCCGCUCCACCUGAUGAAGACUUGUCACUUCCAAGUCCAAGCUCACUCAGAAGGAAGGUCCUCAUCAAAGUAAAGUUUGUUCAUCCCAAGAAAGCUACAGAAACGGAACCGGGGAAGGAGAACAAUUUGGGAGUCAAGUCGCUACCAAAGAAAAGAUCUAAAGUCUCUAUCAUGUCGUCCUCAUCUUCUUCGACAAACGAUGUGAAUGCGAUCAAAGCGGAGGCGAAGAAAAAGAAAUCAUCAAUCAUACCUUCACUGUCGGCAUUGGGUAUUUAUACUAGGUCAUAUCACUUUUCAAACUUGUCGUCUCCCGAUGCCCUUGUGCCCACCCACGUCUUCUCGUUAUCCGAAAAGAAACUCAUGGAGGUACAUGAAUCAAGUGGCCCUACGCUGUUCUCGCACAACCGAAACUUUCUUAUGCGGGCCUUUCCUUCGGGGCUUCGGGUCCGUAGUGACAACCUUGAUCCAUCAAUCUUCUGGAGAAAAGGAGUUCAGAUAGUCGCACUCAACUGGCAGCGGUGGGACCAAGGCAUGAUGUUGAACAAUGCGAUGUUCGACGGCUCCUCUGGAUGGGUACUGAAGCCUGAGGGCUACCUCGGUGCCAGGACCAUUGUCGGGCAUCCAAAUUCAAACCCAGGCCCUCGUGCCGGCGAGAUUCAGAGCAUCGGCAAGCAAUCGCAGGCUGAUGCCAUUGUACAUAAAAACCUCUCACUCAGUCUCAGGAUCCUUGCUGGACAAGAUCUGCCACUUCCCUCUACUAUGAAAUCCGCCCACUCCUUUCGCCCCUACCUCAAGGUCGAGUUGCACGUUGAAAAGACCUCAGAGCGGACCGGAGCCCCUAUCGAGAAUGAUGGCAAAGCCAAAGACGAGGAAGAUGGAAAAUUCAAACACACUCUCAAGAUGGACUGCAAGGGCAGUACUGAAAUUGAUUUUAAUGAUACGAACAUUGAGUUCAAAGAUAUACCUGGAGUAGUGGAGAGUAUCAGCUUCUUGAGAAUAAAAGUCCUGAAUGAUGAAAUGGGAAAAGAUCCCUUAGCCGCCUGGGCUUGUGCUAGGCUUGAUCGUCUGAAGGAGGGCUGGAGGUUCUUGCAUCUGAUGGAUUCGGAGGGCAACGAAUGUCGCGGGGUGCUACUUCUAGGAAUUGAAAAGUCUCUCGUUUGA